AUGGCAGCGCCUGUUCUUGGCUUCACCGAAAUAAUGGUGCUUAUUUGGGUGUUGUGGGCAGCCGCCUUCGGCUUGACGAUAUUUCGCGGCAGCUUUCAGUGGAUACUCCAGCGACGACUAUACGCAGAUGACUACUUCAUCUUCGCCGGGCUUGUCUCGCUCACGGCCCUGUCCGCUGUUAUUACGAGCUUGUUGCCGCAGUUUUAUCUCGCGGGCGAGUAUACUAAGGCGGCAGCCAAAGAUCCCUUGACGCCUCUGCCUCUACCGAUCGAGGAGUUCACUGCGAGGACAGUCACAUCACUUAAAUUGAUGUUUUCCCAAAUGUUACUGUUCUGGACGACUCUGUGGGCUGCCAAGUUUUCGAUCCUGUUCUUCGUUCGGCGGCUUGUCAUUGGCUUGCCUAAUUACAUUAGGGCAUGGUGGGCGUGCUUUACUGUCGUUCUGCUUCUCUAUCUUGCCUGUAUGCUCUCAAACUUCCUUACCUGCACACCUUUGACCAAGUAUUGGAGCCCAACCGGGUGCAGUGCGCCAGAAGACCUUGUACGGGCGGAUGCGUCUAUCAAGUUCGCGACCAGUGCCGAUGUUGUAUCAGAUCUGCUAAUCAUGAUCUUGCCUCUCAACUUGCUCCGGAAGCUCAUUACGUCGCCGACACAUAAGUUUGGGCUCGCAGUCCUGUUCUCCCUCGGCGCCAUCAUUAUUGCAUUUGCCCUUGUGCGGCUUGCCCAAGUCACAAAGGCUACAAGUGACUCAGCGAAAGAUCCCACCACCGUGGCUAAUGGUCCUGUGCUCCUUAGCAUGUGGAGUCACAUCGAAUCCACUGUUAGCAUUAUCGUUGCCACAUUACCUGCCUUCCGGUUUCUUCUUGGCAAGAACCGCAAUGCUACAAAGCAGACGCCUUCGAAAUAUGUUGGGCAGACCAUAGGCGGAUCUGGAAUGUCGGCGAAAUCCAGGAAGUGGCAGAAAGGCGCGUUGCGCUUGAACGGCGGAGAAAGUGAAGGGUCGGGUUUGGGCAGCGAAACGGAGCUCAGACCAGUUCGAGGGAUACAGAAGGACGUUGAGUACACAGUUGAAGAGGUCCCUGGAGUCUCUGUUGCAGAUGAAAAUAGACGGAGAACGCGUGAAAUAUUCACCUAG